CGUGGCUCAGUGGGGCUCUGGGUGCCGAGGCUGACUCCUGCCACCUGCGGCCAGAGCUGGGACAGGAUCUGGGCUGCACCCAGGAAGUUUGUGCAGGGAGGUGAGCGGGUGACGUGACAGUUGCCUGCUCAGGGCUGCCGUGAGAGCGAGUGGGGCCACAGCACACUGGUGCCCAUCAUACCCACCACUGCUCCCGCCGACGGCACGUGAGCCCCUCGCUGCCCGUGGCGGCCGCCCACCCCCUGUCCCGGUGCCGGCACGGAGGAUGCCCGUCGAGGCGCUGCAAGCCGGCGACACCAUGAAGGGGGUGACGGUGACAGCGCCUUUCACCUCGGUCAUGCCCGUCCGCAUCCUCCGCAAGGGCCCCGCGUAUUUCCGCCGGCACGCCGAGCCGGGGGCCGGGAAGCCCAGCGCAGUGGAGAGGCUGGAGGCCGACAAGGCCAAGUAUGUGAAGAGUCAGCGGGUCGCCAGCACCAAGCAGGAGCCGGUGAAGCCACUGCUGCUCAAGCAGCCCCUCUUCACGCCGGGGGUGCGCCGGGCUGUGCUCACCCCCAGCCGCAGGGCACCCGCGGGGCCGCGCCGCGCCGAGGCUGCCAGCCCGAAGACCUCCCUUGACCUGGAGAUCCUCAACAACCUCAUCAACCUCUGUGACAGCCCCUUCCCUAAGGCUGAGAGCCCGCUGAGCAGGGAGUGCAGGUGGCGGGCGGAGGCACCGGCGGCGGAGGGGGCUGGCAAACUGCCGGAGAGCCCCACCACUGCCAGGCCCCCCGGCAGCGUGGCCGUGCGGAGGGUGGACGUGCGUCCCUGUGGAGCUCCGAGGAGCCCAGUGACACCAGUGCCCGCAUCCCCUGUCCCAGGUGGGCUGCCUGUGACCCCGUCCCGGAGCUCACCUGCCCGCCCUGAGAGCGCCCGCCGGCAGCCGCUGCUGCACCGCUCCAAGUCGGACCUGAGCGACCGGCUCUCGCGGGCCACCGCCGACCUGGAGCGCUUCUUCAACUACUGCGGCCUCGACCCCGAGGAGAUGCAGGACAUGGGGGCCGAGCGCUUCGCCCGCGCCAGCUCCGACAUCGUGUCCCUCAAAUUCCACAGCGUGAGCACGGCCAGCUCGGAGGGCGGGCGCUCACCGCCAAGCGCUGCCACACCGGAGGGGCGACCGGGGCGACCGGCCGAGCGUGUGCCCUACGGCAUCUCUGUCAUCGAGCGCAACGCCCGUGUCAUCAAGUGGCUCUACGGGCUGCGCCAGGCCAGGGAGCCCCAGCAGGUCUCCGACGUGUAGCAGUGCCACGGUGGGCACCGGAGAUGGGUUGCUUGCAAGCGGGCGAUGUUGGAUGGGGACAGGGCACAGGCUGUGCCCCGGGAGGAGCAGGGACCUCUUGCCUGUGACAGGACCCUUGAACUCAGCCCCUCCUGUGCCACAGCGUCACUGGCCCGAUGUGGUGGCUGGGCAUACAUCAUCAGACCCCUCUGGCAGCACUGAAGAAUCAGGUCCCUGCCAGCCCAUGGGAAGGCAGAGGAUACGUGUGUCCCUGGGUGUGUGGCUGGUCCCCAAAACCCAUGGAACCUCAUGUGUGGCUGGCCUGCCUGCACUGCUGGCGGUUCUUGCCUGCCGUGCUCCUCACCAACACCCAUGGGCGGGGUGCAAGGGGCUGGUUCCCCCCUGCACGGAGCAGGGACACAGCCCUGGGGAAGGAGCUGCCCCUCUGCAGCCUCCACUGAGGGGGUCCCGCUGCCUGGGGUGGGGUUCGUAUCCUGGUGGCCCCAUCUUACUGCUGAAGGUCUGGGAGAAGCUGGGUGCUUCAGGGGGCAAACCUGACCCCCUGCUUGGAGCUGCCCAGGGCUGUGUGUGUGUGUGAGUGGCUGCGGGUGCCUGUGUCUCCCCCCGGCUGCCAGUGGGCGUGCGGCCCCCACCAUGCUGGGCCUGGUAUUUAUGAAGACAAGAGUUCCUCUUUUCUACUGUUUUUCCCAAUGUUUGAUCUGUAAAUAAUAAUAAUGGUAGUGCAGCCAGGUUUAUUAAAUGUCUGUGUUUUG